CCGGGCGCCGCGCCGCUGCGGCUGCGGGCGGCGACGGCUGCACCAUGGGCCGGCUGCUGCGGGCCUCCCGGCUGCCGCCGCUGCUGCUGCCUCUGCUGUUGCUGCUGGCCGGGGGAGUGUCCCUGGGUGCAUGUGCAGCAGGGUCUGACGAGCCUGGCCCAGAGGGCCUCACCUCCACCUCCCUGCUGGACCUCCUGCUGCCCACUGGCCUGGAGCCGCUGGACUCAGAGGAGCCUAGCGAGGCCAUGGGCCUGGGAGCUGGCCUGGGAGCCCCUGGCUCAGGCUUUCCCAGUGAAGAGAGUGAAGAGUCCCGGAUUCUGCAGCCACCACAGUACUUCUGGGAGGAGGAGGAGGAGCUGAACGACUCAAGUCUGGACCUGGGACCCACUGCAGACUACGUUUUCCCAGACUUAACUGAGAAGGCAGGUUCCAUAGACGACACCAGCCAGACGCAAGAGCUACCAAACCUGCCCUCUCCCAUGCCCAAGAUGAAUCUGGUUGAGCCUCCCUGGCAUAUGCCUCCUGAAGAGGAGGAAGAAGAGGAGGAGAGGGAGACAGAAGAGGCAGGGAAGGAAGAGGAGGAGGAGGAGGAGGAGGAGGAAGAGCUGCUCCCAGUGAAUGGACUCCAAGAAGAAGAGAAGACUCAGCUCUAUGACUCUCCUCCCACCAGCAGCACCCGGACUCCAGGGACCACCAGACACCAGCACGGCAACCCCAGGGACCAGGCCUCAUCGGGUGUGCAGGUGGAGAGCAGUGUGGGGCCCAGCAUAUCACCGCUCUCAGUCACCCCAAGCACAGUGCCCCUGAGGGAUCAAUACUUCACCAGCCAGGAGGCAGGAGCCACAGCGCUGCCUGCUGCCAGGCUUGGGGUAGAGUUUGAGGCUCCCCAGGAAGCAACUGAGAUGGCCACUGCAGGAGCAGCUGGUCUGGCUGGCAAGCAGGGGGAGGGGCCAGCCUUGGCUUCAUUCCCUCAAACCGAAGCUCCAAGUGGGGCUGAGGUCCCAGAUGAAGGUCCUCCUGACCCUAGAACCUCAGCCUCUUUCCCCCUGGCACCUCGAGAUGUGGAACUGACACCUUCCUCUGCUAUCUUGGGGCAAGAAGGUCUCAGCCAGCAGCCCCAGGAAGGGCAGGCAGCUGAAGCUCAAUCCAGAAUACCAUGGGAUUCUACUCAGGUGAUCUGCAAGGACUGGAGCAACCUGGCUGGGAAAAACUACAUCAUUCUGAACAUGACCGAGAACAUAGACUGUGAGGUGUUCCGGCAGCACCGGGGGCCACAGCUCCUGGCCCUGGUGGAAGAGGUGCUGCCCCGUCAUGGCAGUGGCCACCACGGGGCCUGGCACAUCUCUCUGAGCAAGCCCAGCGAGAAGGACCAGCACCUUCUCAUGACACUUGUGGGCGAGCAGGGGGUGGUACCCACUCAAGACGUCCUUUCCAUGCUGGGUGACAUCCGCAGGAGCCUGGUGGAGAUUGGCAUCCAGAACUACUCCAUGACAAGCAGCUGCCAGGCACGGGCCAGUCAGGUGCGCAGCGACUACGGGACGCUCUUUGUGGUGCUGGUGGUCAUUGGCGCCAUCUGCAUCAUCAUCAUCGCGCUCGGCCUGCUCUACAACUGCUGGCAGCGCCGGCUGCCCAAGCUCAAGCAUGUGUCGCACGGUGAGGAGCUGCGCUUCGUCGAGAACGGCUGCCACGACAACCCCACGCUGGACGUGGCCAGCGACAGCCAGUCGGAGAUGCAGGAGAAGCAGACCAGCCUAAACGGCGGCGGGGCCGUCAACGGCCCGGGGAGCUGGGGAGCGCUCAUGGGGGGCAAGCGGGACCCGGAGGACUCGGAUGUGUUCGAGGAGGACACGCACCUGUGAGCGCAGACGAGGCUUAGGCCGAGCCGGCCGCACCGGUAACGAGCAGGACGGACCCCGAAGCCGACGGCCCGCACACGCCCCGCGACCCCGCAGCCUGGCCCUCGGCGCCGGGCUUCUCCCCGCUUCCCCCGACUUCACAAAGCGCUCUUGGCACAACUCCCCCCAGUCCCACCCCGAGGCCCUGAGAAGCGGCUCCCAGAGCCCGCCCCCGGCCCUACAGGUGGCGCGCCGGCGCAUCCAGCGCCCCGGGACUCCAUUAAACACGUCCGGGGACCACGCCGGGCCCAGC